ACGUCAUUUAGCAACAAAUCAACCUGCCUCUAGCAACUAAACCUGAAAAUUAGUUGGCAACACUGGUCAGAAGACUACUAGCGUAAAGUCCUCCAACAAAUUGCAGGACAGUGUAAACAUGUAACUAGCAGGCGCAUAAUUAGCUUCUGAAAUUGCCAGUGUAGCAGGGAUAUGAGUUUUCGAAUAGCAUAGGUUUUUCAGUAACGCAAACCUGUUCGUAUGGCGUAUUCAUCUCAUUGCCUUCACGGUUCGUUUAUUUAAAUCGCUAUUUACUAGGCUUAUCCCAAAACAGCCAGUUUUGAUUCUGUCCGGUAGUAACAAAUCGAGAUGGACUACUUGUUACAGGUGAAAAUAGGUGCCCUCAUGGGUUUGUUGCUCCUGACGCUAUUUUUCGGAUUUAUUCCUGCUCGGAUGAAGUGGUUCAGAGAAACCAGUGGGACAGAAACCCAUCGGGUGGUCUUGAGUUUCAUCAGCUGUUUUGCCGGAGGCGUCUUCCUGGCUGCCUGUCUAUUGGACAUCAUCCCAGACUAUCUGUCAGACAUCAAUGCUGAGCUGGCUGAACGGAGGGUGGACACCAGCUUCCCCCUCCCAGAGUUCAUCAUCGCUGCAGGCUUCUUCACUGUGCUCAUUGUGGAGAGGAUUGUUCUGAACUGCAGACAAGAUGCCAUGCAAGUGUCAGACCAGGAGAGAGCACCUCUGAUGCAGGCCAACGGGCACAGCCACGGGCAGGGGAAAGCCGCGUCCUCCGACCUGCAGGGUAGUGCCCACCACGUCCACAUGGACCUCCAGGCCCACUCCUCCUUUCGCUCGUUCAUGCUCUUUUUCUCACUCUCCCUCCAUUCUGUGUUUGAGGGCCUGGCCAUCGGGCUGCAGACCACAGACUCAAAGGUAUUAGAGAUCUGCAUUGCCAUUGUGGUCCACAAGAGCAUCAUCGUGUUCAGCCUAUCGGUGAAGCUGGUGCAAAGCGCAGUCCCGCCCAUGUGGGUUGCAGCCUACGUGGGCGUCUUCGCCAUGAUGUCUCCGCUGGGCAUUGCCGUGGGUAUCGGGGUUAUCGAGGCCCAGCUGGCGGCAGGCGUUCUGAUCCAGGCCAUCCUGGAGGGGCUGGCGGCCGGGACCUUUAUUUACAUCACCUUCAUGGAGAUCCUGCCUCACGAGCUGAACUCCCCGGAGAACCAGCUGCUCAAGGUGUUCUUCAUUCUGCUAGGCUUCAGCGUCAUGGCGGUCCUCACCUUCCUGGGUUGAGAGCAUGUCACCCACUGGGGCAACUGACCUAGCAGGAAUAUGGGUGUGGCUCAUAUGAGUCAUGGGACUUGAUGUUGUGUACUAGGGUCGCCACGAGGGGAGGUGUCUCAGGGAGACGGCCAACAUAAAAAAAACGGUCCGGUUUUACUGCAGGGUGUGUGCAGGGGAGAUUACUGUGCCUGUGUCUGGCUGCGCCCGUGCGCCACUUUUAUUUGAGGGUCACAGCUGUUCUUACUCAGUAUUUUAGUUUUUAAGGUUGUGAUACUCUUUGUUUUUUUUAUACUGCUUUUAGCAUAGAUUUUAAUUUCACAGCCAAGGAUGGUAAGACGGUCUUAAAUUUAAGAACUUUUAAUGAUUUCAAAAAGAUUAUAUUUAGUUAGGUUCUACUUCUUAAUUUGAUUGUUUUAGCACUGGGAAAAUGAUAAGUACACAAUGUGGCAAUAUUGGUUGUUUUUAUUCUGUGGCAUACAUACCAGUGGUUCUUAUUUAUAUUCUUUAACAAUUGCUGUUUGUAGUUUUUUUUCACUUAAUUGAGGAUCCCUGAAAAAAAGAGCUGUUCAAACUGACAUGAUUGCCUGGUCUCUUUGGAAAAUGACAGGUGUGGCAAGGAGUGGAAUGUUAGCUAAAAAGAUGGGUACCCAGACUAACAUCUCUUAAUAGUCAUGAAUCCGUCGCAGCAAUAUCUCAUUAUGUAUACAGGUUAAAAUGUCAAUUGCAUCAUGUUUAUACUUUAGGAUGUGAGCACUAUUUUGCAGCCUCCACAGUUAAGUUGAAGUAUUAAAUGUUUUAUCGUUGUUGUGGAACAAAUUGUUUUCACCUUGAACUAUACUAUGCCUUACAAAUGAGAAAAGCUGUUUUUAUUGUCAAACAGCGGAUAGGUGCAAUGAAAUGUGUUUUACAGGGUCAGCCAUAGUAGUACGGUGCCCCUGGAGCAAAUUAGGAUUAUGUGCCUUGCUCAAGGGCACAUCGGCAGAUGUUUCACCUUGUUGGCUAAUAUGCAAAGACAAAACAUUGUGACCAACAUUUUACAGUGGUUUUUUUUUAAGACAUUGCAUGGAACUUCACAAUAUUGUCUGUGAAAUCAACAGAUGUGUUAAAUGUACCUAAGUAUAUCAAUGAUAAAUGUCUACAAUGUAUUAUUUUACAUGUGAGAUACUUGUCCUUCAGUGUUAAAACACCAUCUUGGUAUAUGUAGUUUUUACCUCGUCACUUUUUGCGUGGAGGCAUCAUUCCUGUCGUAAUCGACAUGAUGCAAUCGAGAGAAUGUAUUGUCAGUGCCACAUCACGAGUUUGAUACAGAGCAAUAGUCUGAUUUACUUUUUAGAGCCCAUAAUAUUUAACGAGAGAUUAUGAAGUUAUUUUAAGAGGUUAAGAAGUUCAACUAAAGCACGUGUUUCCUUGACUCUGUUCCUCAUUUCUGUUGAUAGUUUCCAUACCCCAGCCACGAGUCAUGUUUCUGUUGUGUUAACAAGGCUUCAAGUUUAUAACAACACGAUCACAAGUGACCUUCCGCUUCCCUUACUCCUCCAAUCUCCUCUGACACUUGCAGUAAAAUAAUGAUUAAAAAAA